AUGCGGGAGCGCAUUGAGCGGUAUGAAGGCGACCUCAUCCGCGUGUCUUCCAACAAGAAUUCAACGGAGUACAAGUGGGCCGUGGUGUUUGUGGUGAUGUUCCUGAGGGAGUGGCCUAGGCCCCCGAGGACGAAGAGGGAUUUGGAGGAGGAGUUGGAGGUGUACAGUGGGGGACGCCUGCGAUGGAGGGCAUUUGCAGGUGUAGCUGCGCUCAGGCACAUACUGGGCCAGCUGCUUGCGGCGUUCACUUUGGGCACUGGCAAAAUGGCCUCGCUUGUUUGGCAUCAGUUGCAGGUAAAGUGA